UAAUAAUUAAAGAAAAUAACAUAGAUGGCAAAGGAUAAAUAGGGGGAAAUAGAUGUAGAUAAUAUAAUUGAGAGAUUACUUAGUGUAAGAGGAAGUAAACCUGGGAAGAAUGUGAAUUUGACUGAAUCUGAAGUUCGUGGUCUAUGUGUUAAAGCAAGAGAUAUCUUCAUCAGUCAACCAAUAUUAUUAGAAUUAGAAGCUCCUCUUAAAAUAUGUGGUGCAAUGCUUGUUUUAAUAUAAUUUUAGGCGAUGUUCAUGGACAGUAUUUCGAUUUGUUGAGACUAUUUGAAUAUGGUGGUUAUCCUCCAGAGAGCAAUUAUCUUUUUUUAGGAGACUAUGUUGACAGAGGAAAACAAUCAUUAGAGACUAUUUGUUUACUUUUAGCAUAUAAAAUCAAAUAUCCUGAAAACUUUUUCCUUUUAAGAGGAAAUCAUGAAUGCGCAUCUAUAAAUCGAAUUUAUGGGUUUUAUGAUGAAUGUAAUCUAGAUUCAUAUAUAUAUUAAUAUAGGUAAACGUAGAUAUACAAUUAAAUUAUGGAAAACAUUCACUGAUUGUUUUAAUUGUUUACCUGUAGCUGCAUUAAUAGAUGAAAAAAUACUUUGUAUGCAUGGAGGAUUAUCACCAGAAUUAUCUAAUUUAGAAUAAAUUAGAAGAAUAAUGAGACCAACUGAUGUACCAGAUACUGGAUUACUUUGUGAUCUUUUAUGGUCAGAUCCUGAUAAAGAUGUUUAAGGUUGGGCAGAUAAUGAAAGAGGUGUUUCUUAUGUUUUUAGUUAAGAAAUCGUUUAAGUCUUUCUUAAAAAACAUGAACUCGAUCUUAUUUGUAGAGCACAUCAAGUAUUUUCAAUAUUUAAAUAUCAAUUAUUAGGUUGUAGAAGAUGGCUAUGAAUUCUUUAGUAAACGACAAUUAGUAACUCUCUUCUCAGCACCUAAUUAUUGUGGCGAAUUUGAUAAUGCUGGUAAUUCCAUUAUUAUAUAAUUAUUUAGGUUCUAUGAUGACUGUUGAUGAAUCUUUAAUGUGUUCAUUCCAAAUAUUAAAACCAGCUGAAUAAGGUGCUUAAGGUGCCUCUUAAUAAAACAAACCUCCUAGUGCUAAAUUUGUCAACUGAUUUAAAUCAGAAAAUUUAUAUAAUUUAUAUUCAAU